GAACAUAUAGGACAAACUCCUUCUUUAAAUUUCAUCAUUAAGUGUUCAUCUUUUUUAGGAUGUAUAACAGAUUCAAUAAUUAUAUUAUUUCCAUCCUUUCUUUCGAUUACUAAAGCAGAAAAUGUUUAUAUUAUAAACAACAUAAUAAAGAUAUAGGUUAUGGUAAUAUUAUAUAGAUUUGAAAAGAAAUUGAUAAAUUGUCUGAUAAAAAAUUUCUACGUAUAAAUAAUUUGUCUUACUUUCUUUAAUGCGUGCUGUCGCAGAUAAUGAUAUUGCUCUAUUAUAAUUUGUAACGAUAAAACUUUUUCUAAUUUGUGAUACAAGACGACCAAGCGUGGCCAUUUUGAAAAAUUGUUUACAACGAUACGAUUAUGAAACUUUAAAUGUAUGAGAUAUCAACGUUGUACGAAGCAAAAUCAUUUUAUUUUUUGAUGUACAUAGAAAAGAACAAUUAAUAUAAAUUAAUUAAAAAUAUAAAAUUUAAUAAACAGGAAAAAGCUUUGCUAUUGGACGAAGAUUCAUAGGAAACGUUCCUAUUGGUCCAUUCUUUUCUAAUGAUACACGAAAUGUCAGACGACGUGGCCGACGAAAUAUGGUGGCUUUCUUAAAUAAUACAGAAGAAAUUAUUGUGUGAUUCAUAGAUACCAUGCAGUGAAUUAGAUGUAAUAAUUGUUUAUUAUCGUCUUAAUAGAAGUUGAAAUCGAAAAAUAUUUUACGACAUUGGUGAUCAUAUAUCAUAUUAAUCCAACAUGGGUUUGUGCAAGUGUCCAAAACGAAUAGUAACAACCCAGUUUUGUUUUGAACAUCGCGUCAAUGUUUGCGAACAUUGUAUGGUUACUAAUCAUCCAAAGUGUAUAGUGCAAUCAUAUCUUUUAUGGCUUCAUGAUCAUGACUACAGUCCAGUUUGUAUAUUAUGUUCUGGAAAUUUAAGCGACGGAGAUUGUGUUCGAUUAACUUGUUAUCACAUGUAUCAUUGGGCAUGUCUAGACAGAUAUGCUAGAGAAUUACCUGCCACAACAGCACCAGCUGGUUAUACUUGUCCAUCUUGCAGAACUUGCAUUUUUCCACAACCGAAAUUAGUAUCACCGGUAGCGGACGUUUUAAGAGAAAAAUUAGCAGGUGUCAAUUGGGCACGUGCUGGUUUAGGCUUACCAUUGCUCAGCGAAGACAGAGAACAAAAACCAGAACCGGAACAUGUUUCAUCGGCUUUGGAAACAUAUUCCUAUCACAAUCAUACUAUGACCACUUCUGCACCUACUGUAGUAACACCUCGUAAUAAUAGUAACGUUAGUUCCAUCAAUUCUAAUAUAAAUAAUGAUCAUUUAAACAAUCAAAAAGUCGGGCCACCAUAUUCUGUAGUAAAUAUAGAAACGUCCAUGUCACUGACUAAUCAAAUGUCAAAAAAAGUAUGUGAAGCUUACGAUGACCCGAAAGAUAUGACUUUCGAUCACGAUGAAAAUAAAUAUCAAAGAAAGUCAGCUAUUGAAUGGUUCUUAAGGUGGUGGAAAUUAAUUUCAAGGCCACCCGUAAGACGAAGGAGUACAACAGGUUCUAUACACAAGAGAUACGUCAUGCUAAUCUUUGCUGGUAUAACAGCGUUCUGUAUCAUUCUCGUCCUUCUUUCUUGGUUAGGAAGAAUGUCUACCGAAGGAGAUCCAAGUUACAGUGUACUAGUUAAUCCACAUGUUAAGGUUCAAGAUGAAAAGUUUGGUAUGUAAUAAAUAGAAAUAUGCGAAUAUGGUAUAAGUCAUAACACAAAUAAUAAAGACUUUGUGGAAGUAUGAGAAAAUAAAGCUAAUGAGAGAGAGAGAGAGAGAGAGAGAGAGAGAGAGAGAGAGAGAGAGAGGGGGGGAGAGAGAGAGAGAGAGAGAGAGAGGCAUAUAUAAGAAAAUAUUAUAAAAUAUAAAAAGCGAAUAUUAUGUACACGAAAGAAAUGUGCAAGUGUAUGAAACUGUGUACAGUAUACUCCUAGCUCUAACGUUUGUUGAUUUUUAUGUAAUUUAGGCUGUACGAUUAAGUUGUAUAUUUCAGUUAAUUAAACGAAAAUUGUACGAAUUUAUAAAAUAUCAAAUGAUAAUAUCUACGAAGGAUUAA